AUGGAGGGUAUCCCUGCCUCCAGCGUCCUCUCCCCCUCAUCACUCCCUACAUGCGGCCAGUGCAGGGCGUGGCGGCCAGUGCAGGGCGUGGCGGCCAGUGCAGGGCGUGGCGGCCAGUGCAGGGCGUGGCGGCCAGUGCAGGGCGUGGCGGCCAGUGCAGGGCGUGGCGGCCAGUGCAGGGCGUGGCGGCCAGUCAUCGCCGCUUGUGCUGUCCUCCACAACAUCUGCCUUGGGGUCGGAGAUGUUGUGGCCCCAGAAGACUGCCCUGAGGACAGCCCAGAAGACUGCCCAGAGGACUGCCCAGAGGACUGCCCAGAAGACUGCCCAGAGGACUGCCCAGAGGACUGCCCCGAGGACAGCCCGGGGGACAGCCCCGACGAGGACACCGUCUCUGCAGUGCAGUGGAGAGACCUUCUGUCUGCUGAGGUGUCUGCCCUGGAGGAGUGA